GUCCCAGGGGAAUACACUCAGUUAUGUGAGAUUCCCCUGAGCUCACCAUUGGACCGGGUUCCUUCUCCAUCCCAUUACUUAUUAUAUCCUUUACCGAACCUUUUUAAGUCCGUUCUUAUCGGACUAAGGUUCUCUGAUCCUCGCUGACGACAUUGGUCUUCUUCCCCAGUUGCAGGUCAGAUUUGGGGAGCAAAGUCACCACACAAUGCCGUCUUUACUCCUUACGCUAUGGAGCGCUCUGUCGCUAGGUUGUCUGCUCGAGGGAUCCGCGCGCGUGCUCGUACAAUACGCACAGCCGCAGACCCAGGUCUACCAGUACCAGGACAAAGACACGUUGCAACAGCCGCUUGCCACGAAUAAAUACAAGGAGACUCUACGCGAUCUGAUAGACGCCCUCGAUGUCAUGCAGGACAGCUACUUCGUCCUAUACGAGGGCACUUGGCCGACCGGCAAUGAUUGGACUAGGGCCGUCCAUGGAACGCACGUGUCAGCUACUCUAGCUGCGUUGACCGCAUAUACGGACGACAAGCUACUUGGGGUCCUCUUGAGCAACAGAGGUGAAAACAGUGAUGAACGUGGGAAGGAUGACGGAGACGAAGCAGAAGAUGAAGGAGAUGAAGGAGAUGAAGGAGAUGAAGGAGAUGAAGGAGAUGAAGGAGACGACCCCGAAGAAGACGAAGAAGACGAAGACGAAGGAGAUAAAGGAGAUAAAGGAGACGACUCCGAAGAAGAUGCACAGGACAAUAUCAUUGAGAACUCCCUAGCUCUCGAGAAUCUUGUCAGCCAUUUCUUCGGGCAAGUCACGACGUACUACUUUGGAGAAAACGCACUCGGCCUCAGGGAUCAGGCUUACGACGAUAUGUUGUGGGUUGUGCUGGGGUGGUUAGAGAAUAUCAAGUUUCAGAGGCUGCAUUCUGAUCUGCAUUACGAUACGGAGAGCUCGUCCAAAACUGGUGGGAGGCCGUGGCAUGGGACACAGUUUCAGACUCCGGCCGCGCAUCGGGCACGGAUAUUCUACGAGCUUGCGUCGGAAGGUUGGGAUACGAUUGUGUGUGGAGGCGGCAUGAUCUGGAACCCGCAUUUGGGCGCGUAUAAAAAUGCCAUUACGAAUGAGUUAUAUAUAUCGUCGAGUAUUGGGAUGUACCUUUACUUCCCUGGCGACCAGAUUGACGCCCCGUUUGCUGGUGCCGAAGAGUCAGAGGACGGUCUGCCUCAUGAUCCCGCCUACCUUAAAACGGCGCAGAAGGCGUACAGGUGGCUUAAGAACUCGAACAUGACAGGGAUCUAUGACCUGUAUGCCGACGGGUUCCAUGUUCGCGGGUACCGGGGUCCUAAUCAUCCAGGAACACGCAAGUGCGACGUGCUCAACACCAUGGUAUACACCUACAACCAGGGCGUGAUCCUCAGCGGACUCCGUGGCCUCUGGCUAGCUACCGGUUCCCAAGAAUACCUAGCCGACGGACACGAGCUUGUCCAGAAUGUUCAGCGGGCAACUGGGUGGCCGAAUAUUUACGACCAACACUGGAAAGGCCUAGGUCGCGCAGGAAUUAUGGAAGAUGCAUGCGAUUCCAAUGGUGACUGCUCCCAAGACGGCCAGACCUUUAAAGGAAUAUUCUGGCACCACUUUGCCGAGUUCUGCCGACCAUUACGUCCACAAGAGGAGCGCUUCCUCCGGACCCAGUCGUACCACGACUCGAGCUUCAAAGACACCUACGAUUGGCAUCAAGAGCUAUGCAGCACGUACCGCCCUUGGAUAGAGCACAACGCCGAGGCAGCACUCGUCACAAGGAACGAAGAGGGCAAAUUCGGCAUGUGGUGGGGGAGACGAUACCGCGUGAUUGACGAAUCUGCCUCUACCAGCGAUACGUCUCUGCCGGAUGGUGCAGUUGACUACCGCAACCAUCCAGAAUCAAUGCCGCCGUCCUGGUAUGCGAACGAGACGAACCCGAUUGCCUCGAAGGCGGCAGCGGGCGUUGAGGAUAAUGGUCCGGAAUACAAUGAUCGUGGCAGGGGGCGGACGGUGGAAACACAGUCGGGGGGUGUAGCGGUGCUCAGGGCUUUAUACCAGUGGAAGAUGGCGGAGUCUUUGGCGAGUGAUGUAUGACAGCUGCAACUUCUUGUACCCACAUGGUACUCGAAACUGGCAGUUUGUGCGCAAGUGUACAGAGUACUACUAUUAUUGAUAUUGUUUAAACCAAUAUACCUAGAGAGGUAUCCUUAACCAUCAGUCUAUGACUACACCAGCUGCACUCCACAAGCUAGUCAACACAGACACUGCCGUUCCCGCUCGCAAAUUCCCUAAUGAUUAGGUGCGGACGCCAUUACAAUAAAUUCGGCUGCCGAGGUGGAUUAGAUACCCAGACAGACACAUAUAUUAUCCUUACCAAGUACCGGCGCAUCGGACCACGGCACUACUACAGUAGCGCCUAAUCUCACAUACUAUUACCAGGGCCGUAUAUUAGCCCUCAUCGAACUCCUGAAUUUUCAUCUCCUCGUUGGUCCGGAAUUUUCGUCCAAGCAAUCCGCCCAGCUGGUUG